AGGUGGUGGGGAUGCCGCAGGUAGAAUGUGAAUUUCUCCUCACGAGUUUGGGUCACUGACGGACGAGGAGGAGUAUUUGUUGGAUUUUUGAACUGUGACUCUGCGGUGCAUGUUUGUGUGUGAGAGAGGAGUGGUUUUUGUUUUAUAGGCUGGGAUUUUGGGGUUGGAAAGGAUGGCGGGCGUUGGAUAUGCCCUGUCGCCUGUGACCCAGCCUGCGACUUCUCCUGCUUCUCUUCCCCGUUUCCAGCCCUCGUCUUCUUCAUCUUCUUCCUUUUCGGUUUCCGCUUCCUUCUCUGCUGUUCGUGUUCAUUCCUUCAAGGCGACGACCUGCGCGUUCGUAGCGCAGCAGCCAUUCGGCAGUCAUUUUUAUGGGAGACGGAACUCGUUAGGAGCAGUUCUGCCCUCCUCUAUCGUACUUGACAAUGGGUUGAUUGAGAGCAGGAAAUCAUCGCGAGUUCUGAAGUGCUCACCGGCGCGGGCAGUUCAGGGCGAGCUAGCUCCGCUGAGGGUCAUGAUCUCUGGCGCUCCAGCAUCUGGGAAAGGUACCCAAUGUGAAAUGAUUGUAGAGCAGUUCAAUUUGACCCACAUAGCGACAGGUGAUCUUCUGAGGGCAGAAGUGGCAGCAGGGACAGAGGCCGGGAUGCUUGCACAAGAGUACAUGCAGAAGGGUCAGCUUGUUCCUAAUGAGAUUGUCGUUGCAAUGGUGAAAAAUAAGCUCGAUAUAGCACCAAAUGGAUGGCUCUUGGAUGGCUACCCUCGUAGCUUAAGUCAAGCAGAAGCCCUGGAAGCUUUUGAUAUUCAUCCACAGAUUUUUAUCCUCCUAGAGGUGCCUGAAGAGAUUUUGGUACAGAGGGUAGUAGGAAGGAGACUUGAUCCUGUCACUGGAAAGAUUUAUCAUCUUAUGUACUCUCCUCCAGAAACACCAGAAAUAGCUGCUCGUCUUACACAACGAGACGACGACACGGAAGCGAAGGUGAAACUUCGGCUGAAGACACACAGUUCCAAUGUACAGUCUGUGCUUGAUACUUACAAGGAUGUGAUUAAAGUUGUGGACGGAAACCGUCCUAAAGAUCAAGUAUUUGCUGACAUCCAGAACCUUAUCGUGGAGCUUCAAGGGAAAACAGAGGUGGUUCCUGCACAAGCCUUCUCUUUGGGCCUUUGAUGAUCUAGAUUACCAACUUAAUUAAUUAAAAUUUUCAAUAAUCACAAUCCCAAUUUUGGAUUUUUUUUAUUUUUAUGCCUGACGUUUUCGGUAGGUUAGCAUCAUUCCUAGUAUUAGACGCUGUCACAAGGUAAACUGUUAUUCAAUGCAACUGUACGCAUUGUCAACAGAUCCCGCAUGUUUAGUCUGAUUAAGAGACUGUGAAGGUGAGGUAACGAGUAGCAGGUUGGUUAUGAAGAUGAAGUAAUACAACACUUAGCUGCAUCCAUGUUUCAUCUUCUUGAGGAAUGUUAUCGGUCUGGCUACCAGUCACGGUGCUUCAAAGCGUUUUCAGGUGUAGUAAAGCAAACAUUGCACCAA